GGUAAAAUAGAAGUUACAGUGCUACCCACAACAAUGAAUAGCAAUGAAGAGGCACAGGAACUAGAUCCAAAUCAGGAGAAGGAGUUAACAUUAAAGAGCACAGUAAUAAAUGCCUGUUUAGAUGAAUUAGUAACAAUGAGGAUGAAGAAAUGGAGAAAAGACAAGAAACUACUUAAGAGCAGAUCGAUGAUGACACAUACCGUACAAGAAGGCAAAAAGAAGUGGAGCAGGUCAAGCCCCUGA